AUGGCACCAAAGAAAGCUAAAGGAGGAGGAAAGAAGGGAGGAUCUGGAGGAGAUGAAGGUGGAUCGCACCUGCUACUGAAUCAGCGUCCGAUAGAGGCAGCACCUCCGAAGAUAGACCUAGGCAAGGAGACGCAAAAGUUAGACUCACGGGUAGCAAAAUGCAGAGCUGGCGUUGCAUGGGUCAAUCUGCUGCAGAUCGGAGACACCCUAAAGUUCGGCGUGUACAACGAUCGCCCUGAAAACGACGCGGAAACGAGCAAACUAUCUAUCUGUUUCUGGGUUUAG